CUCCGCCGCCCAUUUGACAAAACGCGACGACAUGAACCAACUGCCGCCUGGAUGGAGCCUUGGCACGUCGCGCUCGCGAGGCGUCGACUACUACUUCCACAAGAAGACUGGCAAGCAGUACUGGACCGAGAAGGACCUGCCCACCGGCUGGGCGUACGUGAUCGAGCCAGGUGACCCUCGGCGCGUCUACUUCGACCUUGCCGACGAAAAAGGGACGCGGUCAUAUACCAAGCCGGCGGUCGCUGCGUCACCGAAGCGCCAGCGCAGCUCGCCACGACCAGAUCCGACGCCGCAGCGCCGUGGCUCCAACUCGGUCUUGGAUCUCUUGUCGCCGAUGCCACGCGCCGACGAGGCCACGUCGCACAAGCGCAGUCACGAAGACGACUAUGAAAGCUCAAGCGCCAAGCGGUCCCGCGGCGACGACCCUGCGUACGAUCGGCGUUCACAUGCCACGAUGGAGCCGCGACGUACGGCGCUGACCGACCAGGAGCAGACGGCCGAGUUUUACAGCAGCCUUCAGCGCGCCAACUCGGGCGACCGCGCCGACUCGCUCCUCUACCACAUGCGCGCGAUGAACAACUGGAUCAAGUCGGUGCUCAUCCGCGAGUACUGCCCGACGAACUGCAAGGUGCUCGACUUGGCGUGCGGCAAAGGCGGCGACAUGAUGAAGUGGGCCAAGCAGAACGUAUCCAUGUACAUGGGCGUCGACAUUGCGCAAGGGUCGCUCGAAGACGCGGUCGGGCGCGUCCAAAAGAACCGGCAGCUCUCGCAGAUGGACAUCCAGCUCGUGCAAGGUGAUCUUGGGAAGGUCUCGCUCCUCUCCGACUCGCUCUACUGCUGGAGCGCGGCCAAGCAGUGGCACAUGGCCGUGCCCGUCAACUCGCCGCACGCGUUCGACAUGGUCUCGAUGCAGUUUUCGUUCCACUACAUGUUUUGCGACCAGAACAGCGCCAACCUCUUCUUCAGCACGCUGCGCUCAAUGCUGCCCAAGGGCGGGCAGUUUAUCGCGACGACGAUCGACCCGGACCGCAUGAUCCAGAAGCUCCAGGCGUCGGUUGGGGACGUGGACGCGGAUGGCGCGCCGGCACCGAUCCGCAUCUUUGACGCCAAGAAGCGAGAAAUGUGCACCGUGCGCAUGGACGAGUCGACCCGGACGCGGCUCCUCUAUGGCAGUGACGACGACGACGACGAAGGGUACGGUCUCCGGUACAAGUUUACAUUGCGCGACGGCGAGGACGAGCAGGCCGUCGACUUGCCGGAAUACCUGAUUCCAAACUCGCUCUUGCACCGCUUGAUUGCCCAGAACGGCUUUGAACUCGUGCUCCAGGAGAACUUUCAGUCGUUCGUCGCGCUCCACAGCCAAGUGCCCCGGCACCGUGAGCUCCUCACAAAGAUGCACGUGCUCAACUUUAACGGCACCAUCUCGGACGUCGAGUGGGACAUUGUGAGCCUCUACCAAGUGCUCGCGUUUCGAAAGCUCUAGUUGAAACAUUGAUACUUUUU